UUGGCACAUUCGAUUCUAGAUGAUGACUUUCUCCGUCUCUACACGUAAUAAAUGAAGUCCUAAGAUGCCAUCGAAAGAAGAAAAUUAAAACGAACAUGCAUGUAUCUAUGAAUGAUGGAACCACCACAAACGAGGUUGAUGAUCAACGUUUUCAUAGUGAGUUUCUUAGCACUACUUGUGAACUUGGUGGUGGGAGUGCUCGGCGCUGAUAACUAUAGCAGAGAUGAUUUUCCUCUUGACUUUGUUUUCGGUUCAGGAACCUCUGCUUAUCAGGUGGAAGGAGCUGCUAACAAAGAUGGAAGAACUCCUAGCAUCUGGGACACCUUUGCCUACGCUGGAUAUGCCCAUGGAGAAAAUGGAGAUGUAGCCUGUGAUGGGUACCACAAGUACAAGGAAGAUGUGCAGCUAAUGCUGGAAACAGGGCUUGAUGCCUAUAGAUUUUCGAUUUCAUGGUCAAGAUUGUUACCAAAUGGCAGAGGACCCGUCAAUCCCAAAGGAUUACAGUACUACAACAAUCUCAUCAACGAACUUAUCAGCAAUGGAAUCCAACCACAUGCCACGCUACACAACUUUGAUCUUCCACAGGUACUUGAAGAUGAAUAUGGAGGAUGGAUUAGUCGUGACAUCAUAAGAGACUUCACAUACUACGCAGAAGUAUGUUUUAGAGAGUUUGGUGACAGAGUGUUGUAUUGGACCACUGUAAAUGAGCCCAAUGUUUUCGCCUUAGGUGGUUAUGAUCAGGGAAACAGCCCACCUCGACGAUGUUCUCCCCCAUUUUGUGCUACAAACGACACAAUGGGCAACUCAACAUAUGAACCCUACUUGGCUGUUCAUCAUAUUUUGUUAUCACAUUCUUCAGCUGCUAGAUUGUACUGGAGAAAAUAUAGGGACAAACAACAUGGAUUUGUUGGUAUCUCUAUUUACACGUUUGGGAUUUUUCCUCAAACAAAUACAGAAAAAGACAGGGUAGCAUCUCAACGAGCCCGUGAUUUUUUUGUUGGUUGGAUUAUGGAACCCCUGCAAUAUGGAGACUAUCCCAUUUCCAUGAAGACAAAUGCAGGUGAAAGAAUUCCGGCCUUCACAAAUCAUGAAUCUAAACAAGUUAAGGGUUCAUUUGACUUCAUAGGCGUAAUUCACUACACCAAUCUCAAUGUCUCAGACAAUUCUGACGCCCUUAAGAACCAACUGAGAGAUUUCACUGCAGACAUGGCGGCAAAUAUCUUUGGAGAGGAUCUGUUUUCAAAUGAAGAGUACCUUAUAACACCGUGGGGUUUGCGUCAAGAGUUGAAUAAAUUCAAGCUCCUUUAUGGGAAUCCUCCUAUAUUUAUUCAUGAAAAUGGUCAACGGACAGCAAGUAAUUCGUCACUGCAAGACGUGACAAGGGUGAAAUACUUGCAUGGAUAUAUUGGUAGCGUGCUUGAUGCCUUAAGAGAUGGAUCAAAUAUAAAGGGGUAUUUUGCAUGGUCUUUCCUGGAUUUGUUCGAGUUGCUAGAUGGAUACAAGUCGAGCUUUGGCCUAUACUACGUUGAUAGGGAUGAUCCAGAGUUGAAGAGAUACCCAAAGCUCUCUGCAAAAUGGUACAACCGGUUUUUGAAGGGUAGAAGGACCUCUAUAGUUGGAACUAUUGAACUUGAGAAGGAUCCAUCACUUGUUUUUGUUUCCCAAUUAUUUGAGUAGGUUCUUUAUUAAUUUCUUUUCACAAGAUCAUGCUUAGUGGUGUUAUUAGCUAUGCUUACUUUUCCUUGUAUACAUACAUAAAAUAAGAAUUUAUGUGGAGGGAGCCUAGCUGCCCGGGCAAAAUUCCUCUCAAAUAUUGGUAAUGUUUAAAAGAGAUAUUCCUUUUCUGAAGAUAUUUUACUAAAAGUAA